AUGAGCUCCGUCUACACCUCGUCGGCCGGAUCGCGCGGCCGUGGCCUCUUCACCGCACGCGCCUGCCCGUCGCACAGCCUGCUGCGGCUCGGAGAGCCGCACGCGGCUUCGCCGAUGCCAGGCUGCGCUUCGGUGUGCUGCUCCUGCGGCAGGCACCUGGAGCGGCCCGUCCGCUGCGCCUGCUCCGCCGCCUACUGCAGUGAGGCGUGUCGCGACAAGGCGUACGACACUGGCCACGCCUUGCUCUGCGUCGCCGCCGACGAUGCUGCACGGUCAGCGGCGUCUCUGGCGGAGCUGCUCUCACUCGGGUCGGACGCGGCGAGAGCUAGCCGAGAGGUGGGAGGGCUGGCGAGCGGAGGGCCGUGGGUGGCUGCUGCUGGCGUGAGCGCGGUGGCAGGCCACUUUCCAGAGGAGGAGGAGGGCGAGGAGGAGGAGGGCGAGAGCGACGAGGGCCAGGGCGAGGGCGAGAGCGAGGGCGAGGGUGGGGAGGAGGGCGAGGGUGAGGGCGAGGGUGAGGGCGAGGGCGAGGGCGAGGGUGAGGAGGAGGGCGAGGGCGAGGGUGAGGGUGAGGGUGAGGGAGAGGAGGCACACAGCCCAGAGGCCCUCGAGGCCGAGGCUCGGCUCCUGCUGCCGCACUGCUGGCGGCUCCUCCUCGGCUGCUUCGAGGGGAGGCUGCCUGAGGGCGCGCCGUCGCGGCGCGUGCUGCGACUGCUGCGCUCCUACGGCGAGGUGUUGGCUCGGCUCUCUCGUGGCGAGGGCUGGCUCGGCUCUCUCGUCGCCGCGCUGGAACGAAACGCUCUCCCCGCGAGCGGCGCGGGCUGUGCCGACCCCGCCACCGGCGGCGCAGGAGCGGUGUUGCCCGAGGGGGUGGUGCUGUCAGCUGCUGGCUCGAUGCUCAACCACAGCUGCGUGCCAUCGUGCGCCGUGGUGUUCGGCGACGAGGCGGCCAAGGGGGGAGAGUGGACAGGGCGAGCUCACGAUCUCGCGAGGACGGCGGCGCUCCGAGCGAUGCACGGCUUCGUGUGCCGGUGCGAGAAGUGCGAGGUGCAGCGCGGCGUCGCUCGCGUGCGCAAGAUGCACCCCGCGGGCAGCGACGAGCGGCUCGAGGCGCUGAGAGCGUUUGGGUUGCGCGCGCUCGAGGAAGGGCUCUACGAGGACGCUGUGGCCAUCCACCGCCGGCUGCUGCGGGAGGCCGCACUGUGUAGCGCGCUGCAGCGGCUGCACCGCUUCGACGAGGCGAGGGCCGCGUGGCUGGGCGGCAGCGAGGCGCUGCCAGAGCACGCAGAGCUGAGACGCGAGGCUGCGGCUGCGCGCGCCUACCACAUCGCCCCUCCGCCGCACGCGUCGCCGCCGGGGAAGCGCAAGAGGCCGGCGGCGGAGGCGAGGAUCCUCGCGGCGGGAGGCGGGCGCACGAUCACUUCUUCCGAGAAGUCGUCGAGCUCUGCGAGGCGAGCGCGGCGAAGGUCCGUCCCGACGACAGACAUGGAGGCAACCUACGCCGAGAGCCGGCUCAAGGUCUCCGCGAGCCGGCUGCGCGUGUGGGACGCUUUCGUUGUGCGCUACGACGCCGCCGCGCAGCGCUCGCUGCCGACCCAUCAGGACGACUCGCACCUCUCGCUCACGAUCGCCCUCAACGAGACGGGCGAGUACGACGGCGGGGGCACCUCCUUUGAGGACCUCGGCGGCGAGGGCUUCGUCAGGCCGGAGAAGGGGUGCGUGGUCGCCUUUCCGGGGGAGCUGCGGCACGGCGGGAGGGCCGUCACCCGCGGGGUGAGGUACAUCAUCGCCGUCUUCCUGUGGGUCACCGAGGAGAGCCCGUGA